AUGGGCAACAGCAGCUCGUUAAUGCUUCGCGAUGAAGAAAUCGAUGAGAUCGCCAAGGAGACAGAAUUCAAUCGAAAUCAAAUCGUCCGCCUUUACAGUCGCUUCCUGUCCUUAGAUAAGAAAGGUCAGGGAUUUCUUUCCCGUGAUGAUUUUUUGAACGUGCCUGAAUUAGCAGUGAAUCCACUUGGAGAUCGCAUCGUGGACGCCUUCUUCACGUUAGCUGGAGAAAACGAACAGCAAUUGAACUUCCGCCAAUUCGUACGAAUCCUCGCACAUUUCCAGCCGAUCAAUCGCUCGAAGAAAAAUUCGCUGAACGGAAGGACGGAGAAGCUGAAAUUUGCUUUCCAAAUGUACGACUUGAACAAGAAUGGCUACAUAACUCGAGAGGAAUUCAAAGUUAUUCUUAACAGUAUGGUCGGAGCCAAUAUCACAGCAGAGCAACUUGACAAAAUAGCCGACAGAACAAUUGAGGAAGCCGAUGGUGACAACGAUGGCAGAAUUUCAUUUGAAGAAUUCUGUAGAGCUAUGGAAAAGACGGACAUAGAAGAGAAAAUGUCGAUUCGAUUCCUCAACUAA